GAUUGGAUUGUCCAAUAUAAAAUGAUCUGUGUUCGGAUUUGCAGGUUAAGAAAGCUUAGGGCUUUAAUUUCAUGACGUCACAUUAAUUAGCGGACACUUUGAUCCUUUCAGCCUGUAAGCCACUACAUUCAGUCAGCUUGUAGCGUAGUACAGGACGUGUUGGUGAUUUGUAACGGACCACAGCAGAGAAUGCACGUCGGCGCAAACGGAGGCCUCUAACUAAGCACCUUUUACACUUCCCUUUCGACUWUCCCGGGUGAUGCGUCUGUAAGAGAAGGGAGGGAAAAGCAAACAAUUCAAAAUGGGAGACAAGGAUAGUGUGGAGAAGUACCUGGAGAACAAUCCCCAGUUCGCUAAAGAGUACUUUGAUAAAAAGUUGCGCCCCGAAUUAAUCACGACAGCGUUCACAGAAAAUCUUGAGAUCAAAGAUCCGACUUCGUUCAAAGAUGUCUCCCAAAUUCAGGAGGCCAACAUCAUCUUUGACCUUGUCAAAGAAAUGCAAUCGGAAAUCGUUAUGGAAAAAGCAUUGCACAAGGUCCUGCAGAGAGUUUGCAUGAUUUUGAACGCCGACCGGUGCAGUUACUUUGAUCUUCGAUCUAGAAACGGAAUACCUGAACUUACAACGAUGCUCUUCAAUGUCACUCCUAGCACCAAAUUUGAGGAGAACCUCGUCAACCCCACUGGUGAGAUUGUGUUUCCAAUCGAUAUGGGUGUAGUUGGAUACACAGCACACUCCAAAAAGAUGCUAAACAUUCCGGAUGUUACCAAGAAUAACCGCUUCAGUGACUUUGUGGACAAGCAGACAGGAUACAAAACCAAAAACAUGCUCACGUACCCCAUCAUGGCUGAUAAAGAAUGCCUUGGUGUUGUAAUGGCACUUAACAAAAUUGGGGCCGAAGAAUUCUCAAAAGCCGACGAGGAACUCUGGAACAAGUACAUGGUCUUUGCACACGUCAUUGCCCUGCAGCAUCACACUGCAUACAUGUUCAACGUGGAAUCCAGGAGGAGUCAGGUACUUCUGUGGUCUGCCAGCAAAGUGUUUGAAGAGUUGACAGACAUUGAGAGACAGUUUCACAAAGCUCUGUACACUGUGAGAAUCUACCUCAAUUGUGAAAGAUACUCCGUGGGCCUCUUGGACAUGACCAAAGAGAAGGAGUUCUACGAUGAGUGGCCAGUGAAGCUGGGAGACGUACCGCCAUACAGCGGACCAAAGACCCCCGACGGAAGGGAAGUCAUCUUCUACAAGAUUAUUGACUAUCUCUUAGAAGGACCCAAAGAGGAAAUCAAAGUCAUACCGGGACCUCCUAUUGACCACUGGGCCCUGGUCAGUGGACUCCCCACCUAUGUUUCUGAGAACGGCUUUAUUUGUAACAUGAUGAAUGUUGCCGCUGAUGACUACUUCACCUUCCAGAAAGAGGCUGUGGAUGAGUCAGGUUUCGUCAUCAAGAACGUCUUGUCCCUUCCCAUCGUCAACAAAAAGGAAGAAAUYGUGGGUAUUGCCACUUUCUUCAACAGGAAAGAUGGGAAACCAUUCGAUGAGCACGACGAACAGAUCACUGAGGCCCUCACUCAGUUCCUGGGAUGGUCAGUGCUCAACUGCGACACGUACGACAGACUGAACAGGAUGGAGUGGAGAAAGGACAUCGCCCAGGAGAUGCUCAUGUGUCAGAGCAGAUGCACCAACACUGAAAUGCAGAGUAUCCUGAACACAAAGGAGAAGUUUGAUGCCGACCCAGAGGACUGUGAUCAGAAGGAGAUGUACAAACUCUUGAGAUCAAACUGCCCUGUGGCCAUAGAUGUCGACCUGCUGCUGUUCUCCUUCAGCGACUUCCCUGUGACAGAGCACGGCCUCAUCAUGUGUGGAAUUCGCUGCUUCUUUGAGCUGAACGUGGUGGAGAAGUUCAAAGUGCCCGCAGAGACCCUGACCCGAUGGAUGUACACUGUCCGGAAAGGUUACCGUGACAUCACCUACCACAACUGGAGACACGGCUUCAAUGUGGGCCAGACCAUGUUCUGUCUUCUACAGACUGGCAGGCUGAGGAAAUAUUACUCUGACCUGGAUGCCUUUGCCAUGGUGGCUGCUGCAUUCUGCCACGAUAUUGACCACAGGGGGACCAACAACUUAUACCAGACAAAGAGUGGAUCGCCUUUAGCCAAACUGCACGGAUCCUCCAUCAUGGAGAGGCACCAUCUGGAAUAUAGCAAGACGCUCAUGGCUGAGGAGAGCCUGAACAUUUUUGUGAAUCUCCAGAAGCGGCAGUUUGAGACUGUACAGCACUUGUUUGACGUCUGCAUCAUUGCCACUGAUCUGGCGUUGUACUUCAAAAAAAGAACAAUGUUCCAGAAUAUUGUGAACGCCACUGAGCCAAUGGAAACCGAGAAGGACAAAAUCGAGCAUAUUUCCAACAACGCCAUCAGGAAGGAAAUUAUCAUGGCCAUGAUGAUGACAGGUUGUGACUUGUCUGCCAUCACCAAACCAUGGGAGGUCCAGAGCAAGGUGGCUCUAAUGGUCGCAGCUGAGUUCUGGGAGCAAGGUGACUUGGAAAGGACCGUUCUCGAUCAGCAACCCAUUCCCAUGAUGGACAGAAACUGUGCAGCGGAGUUACCCAAGAUGCAGUGCGGUUUCAUUCAGUUUGUGUGUGCGUUCGUAUACAAGGAAUUCUCGAGGUUCCACGUAGAGAUCACCCCAAUGUUUGAUGGGCUGAACAACAACCUAAAGAACUGGAAAGAGCUGGCCGACAUUCACGCCGCCAAGAUGGCGGCCAUUGAAGAAGAGAAAAAGAAGCUUGAAGCACCAGCAGUAGAGGAGGCAGCAGAGGUUGGAAAGUCCAAGACCUGCACCAUCGCCUAACCUCCUGGAUUGUGCCCCAGUCCUGGCCGUGUGGCAGAGGAUCCCUGGGCGCAGCAAGCAGUCAGUGGGGAGACCGUGUGAAGAUGUGUCCCUGUGUGGACUGACUUAAUCACUUCCCCUCAUUCUCAGGACUUGAUAAGCCAAUCCUGAUGGAUCAACACACUCAUCACAGAUGUACCAGCAGCUGACGCAUUACCAUAUCUUGACAGCGCACUUAAAGUAGAGCUCAUCUUUCACAGAUAACUAUAGGUACGACUUUAUCGACAACUAACAUAAUCCAAGUAAUGAAACAAACAUUACAUCUUAACAUCUGUCAAAUGGCAUAUAAUGUAUUUAAUUUAUUUAGACAUGUAUUCUGCUUUGGGAAAUAUCUACCUGUACAUGUUUAUCCAUACUCUGAUGAUCCAUAAAGAUAUUAGGGGGACAGUUCAGUGGACAAACUUUUAUAACUGAGCUGUUUUAUUAGAACAGGAAAACUCAUUUCAGGAAUUUUAAGAACAAAUAUGAGUAUGAAAUAACACAAACAAAUUCUGUUGAAAGUCACUGUUCAUUUAGAAUGAUUUACUGUAAGAGCACAAGCCUCUUCCCAAAACUCAAACUUUUAACUUGUUUUAGYAAAUGACAAUUGACUUUACCGAGGGCUAAUAUAAUAGCAAUGCUCAAAGUGUACACACUCCUGAGCCUUGUGAGGUUACAUUCAUGUUAAUAUGCAAAGUAUAUAUUUUUUUGAUUGUCAGRGAUUUUCUACUUCAUGUAUUUUAAGAGUGGAGGUGAGUCAGUCCAAAGCCUAAGUCUUUAGAUUGUAUGGACUGAUAUGGUGCGAAGUCACAUUUGAGCAUCAGGUAUCCAUUGUGUUCAAUUUUAAACUGCACAUUUCCCCAAUAACUUGAAAAUGUAAUAUAUAUGCCGAUAAUAUAUUUGUGUAUCAUAAAUUACAAUUCAAUAACCUUAAAAAAAAUGGAGAUUAUGCUACUGUAUCAUGUAUGUUUAUGCUCCAAAGAAAUGUAGUUCAUCACAUAAAUGUAAAAUAUGUGAAAAUGAAACCUACAAUCCCCCCCCAAAUUGUUUUGCUUGCUAUUAGGAGGCAAUCCUUGGAAAGACUCCAUCGGCGUCGUAAAUAUCUUCAGGUACCCGACCAUAAGAUGAUUUGAUGGGAUUGAGUUUACUUGUCAGUCGGCUUUCGAGAUCUGCACAGCUUGAAACUUUAAAUACCCUACUUACUGUAGAUAAAGCAGGCUACCGAAGUCUUAUAUCUACUCUGUGUGAAAGGCACCAUGUUUGUUUGAUGGGGACAAGCCUGCAAUGUGGCCUCAGUCAGGCCAAAGUUCCUCUUCUCUUUGUUUGACCAUUUGAGGCUUAUUUGAGGACCGGUGUAAAAUGAACUUAAGCAACAAUGAGAAAGUGAAUUGAUGAAGCCAACUGAAUUGCAACAGGAUUUACAUAAAGAAAAACUCCUUUAGAAAUCCUGCCAAGCAAUCUCCUUUUGACCUACUGUAACAGGUGGCCAAGACAUCUGUGGAGACAUCCAUGAGUAGCCCUAAGCAGGAAACACAGGGCAGGCAAAGUUUGACUUCCUUGUUUAUGCAACGUGCCCUCACUAAAUCAAUGGAAAAUCAAUCAAGAGCWGUAAUCCAAUGAGGGUGGCUUUGACAGCCACUCUACAUCUUAAAUGGAUUCUCUGAAUUUCUGUUCCUAGAGGUGAUAGGCAGGGCAGGCUGCUUGGAUUUGGGCUCCACAAUGGGAUAAGGCGAACAGUAUGAGAAGCAGUGUGGGAAAGUGACAAUCUAUUCUGCGCGUACGUUUAAAGGACACAAAAUGUAUAUCUACUAAUUCUAUUGCGUUAUCAUUGAGAGAUUAGAAUUUGACAUUUGUCAGAUGUCUGAUGAAAUGAUGUCUGAUGAAAUGAAUUCUACUGUAUGUACGUGUCAUAAGAUGUAACAUGUUAACAAAAUAAAGGCAUUCAUCAAAGUC